ACAGCAGUGACCCUGACGAAGUGGUCCUUCGAGCGUCUCCGUUGCAUAGUAACGAAAACGGUCAGGAAAAUCAUGCAACAUAUACAAACUUUUAAUCUCUGGAUACCUAUAUGAGUAAACUAGCAUCAAUGUUGUUGAUGUGAGUAUCGACGGACCGGUGAAAUGAGCGAUAUCAAGCCGAACCACAUGAUGUUAACCUCGGCUAAGCAAUGGCAAGCUAACGUUAGCUAACACGUAGUCUCGUUGUCAAUAGCCGUCGGAUGUUAGCUCCUCACGGAGCUUAGAUCCCUUUGUCAGGUAUUUAUAAAUUCAGCUAGGCAAGCGUUGGCUAACACAACCAUCUGAGUCAAAACGAUAGAAAGUAAAAAAAAAAAUAGGAAGGAAAAGGAAAAUGGCUGGCGACGGUGGCAGCAUCCCUGAACUGGACCAAAAGAAGUACGAUGCAGACGAACAAGUGAAGAUCAUCUGUCUGGGAGACAGCGCAGUUGGUAAAUCUAAGCUCAUGGAGAGGUUUCUCAUGGACGAAUAUCGUCCACAGCAGUUGUCAACCUAUGCUUUGACUCUCUACAAACACACAGCCACAGUAGGAAACAAGACAGUAGCAGUCGAUUUCUGGGACACCGCUGGUCAGGAGAGAUUUCAGAGCAUGCAUCCCUCAUACUACCACAAAGCACAUGCAUGCAUCAUGGUUUUUGAUGUUCAAAGGAAGAUCACAUAUAAGAAUCUGGGCAACUGGUAUAAGGAGUUGAGAGAGUACAGACCAGAGAUACCCUGCUGUGUGGUGGCCAACAAAAUCGAUGCUGAUUUGAAGAUAACACAAAGAAGCUUUAACUUUGCAAAGAAGCAAGGACUCCCAUUUUACUUUGUAUCAGCAGCUGAUGGGACUAAUGUAGUUAAGAUGUUCAGAGAGAUGAUCAAGAGGGCAGUGGACUACAAGCAAAACCCCAGCGACUUCAUGGAUGAAGUGAUGCAAGAAUUAGAGAACUUUGACCUGGAGAAGAAGGAAGAUAACUCAGAAGCAGAUGAAGACGGCUUGAAAGCAGAGAGUCCUGAGUUGGUGUCAUAGACGUUUACAGAUCCUCAAAACCCUCCUGUCGUCUCAUGGAUCAUUUGUCCUCCUCUGGGGUUGAUGCUGUGAAUAAAUUAUUCUUUUAGUCAAAAUGUCAGACAUCUCUGACCCUCUGUGACGGACACCGUCAACAGGCACAUUUUUGGCCCUUGUGAAUUGUUGGUCGUCUGCUUUUAUACCAUUGGUGUGUAACUGUACUGCCAGAGGUUGGCAUAUAGUCUUUUAGUCAGGUUUUAAGUCACUGCCCUCCAUCUGUCAAGUGACAUUUGCAGGGAAAUACACCUGGUUGAAUAAUUAGGAAUUGUGUUGUUGUAGGUUCUGUUUUUUUCAUUGUCCUUCAUACUUUGUCUAACAACAUCUACUAUAAUAACAGUAAGGGUAAAAUCCUACAAUCAGACUGAAUGUUUGCUAAUUUUGUGUCGUAAUAAGAAUGUGAAUCUUUGAAAACAAAGUCAAAGAGACAACAAAGAGAACAUGUGAUUAUGAACCAUAUUUGCUGCUGUUCUCGAUGUUGGUGUGUAGCAUUGUGUGCUGUGCCAGCAGGGCGCUGCAUCUGUUGCAUUCAUUUUAUGAUGUAAUGUUUCUUAGCGCCCUUUAAAUGAAAACUUAAUGUACCAUGUAACCAAAUUGUUAUCAUGUCUCUCUGUGAUCCAGCAGUAGGCACAAGAUCAACUUCAACAUAUAUUGAGUACACAUCAGUUGUAUUGAACUCUUGUGAAAGCUCAGCCAGCUGUGACCUUCAUGAUGGAUUUGUGAUGGUUGUGUGUAGGUGACACUCAAUUUAACACACCGUUCAAUAAUUUCUAUAUGAUGAUUAUGUUGUGGGCCCUGCGAUGGACUGGCGACCUGUCCAGGGUGUACCCUGCCUUUCGCCCAGUUUAAACUGGGAUUGGCUCCAGCCCCCCGCGACCCUGUACGCAGGAUAAGCGGUUGACGAUGGAUUAUGUUGUGCGCAGAAACAAUGUGUAUAAAUUUAUGUUUGACAGUUUUUUUGGUGGCAUUUACUUACAAUAAAUCACACUGGAACAUAA